GAAACACCAUCAAAACGAGGAAGGAAACGCCACGAAGAAAUGCAAAAUGAUGAAACACUACCAAAACGACAAAUAAAGCACACCAAAACGACAAAGAAAGCACUACGAGAACAACAAAAGAAGCAUCAUCAAACCGACAAAAGAAACACACCAAACCGACGAAGAAAGCACCACGAGAACGAUGAAGAAAGCAUCACUAAAACGACGAAGAAGCACCCUAAAUCGAAGAAGAAAGUACCAUUAGAACGAUGA